GACAAAGGGGGAAACAGUUAAAUUUGUCUGCCGGUGGUUUACUUUUCCUCAAAUGUGCAAUGGCGCGCAUUUUCAUCAUCUUUCUUGCCAUUCCCUCUCUAUUUCUGCAUUUCUAUUGCGUCGACGCCUCAAGUAUUCAAGGCAUUCGUAACAACUGGGAUGAAAUUGUGGUGGGUAGAGAGCAUCGAGCCACCACCUUAGAGUGCAUCCAUACGGAAGUGAGGGCCGGCGUGAAAAUCAUCUGGAUGGCCAAAGCCUUCGGUGCGGACGACUGGAAACUGGUCCUCUCUGCCAGUGAGUUGGAGGAGUUCUCAGGCAGUGCCGCUAAGCCUUCCAUGCGCCUGGCUGACCCCAACUUUCUAGACACGGGCAAUUUCUCGCUGCUCCUUCAACCCUUCUUGGAUGACGCUGGCUUCUACAUGUGCUUGAUAGAGCAGGUCGGGAAGAAAAUCAAGGAGAAGAUCAUCCUUUUAGCUAUCAUCACCGUCUCCAGCAUCCCUGCAUCACCUAUCCCUCGGAAGAGCACCCUGCGUCUGAUGGCCAACAUCAUACCAGAGGUCAUCACCAGCGUUAUCUCUUGGGAAUCACCAGACCGCACCUCUUUAAAGACCGUGUUGAAGCCCAACUCGGGGUUUGUGACCAAACUUCCCCAGGUCACGGACAACGAUGCCGGCUCUUACAAGUGUACGGUUCAUCUCCAUGGGAUGGACAACGCCACAAAGUUCACAUUUGCCUUGGACAUCACCGUUAAUGCUGUCAGUGAGGCCUCCUUCACCAGGAUCCAGCAUGGCCCUCCCACCUUCAAAGGCAUUCAAGCCGGGACAUCCUUUCACCUGACCUGUCCCGAUAUCCGAGGGGACUAUGUCUUCCUCAACUGGCAAGACCCCAAGACGAGCAAGUUCAAGCUGUUGUACACACAUGAUUCUUGGAGGGGCAAGACGUGGAUCAAUCCAGAAAGCCAUGACCUCCAGCUGGCCGGCACACCCUCCAACCCUGAGGCAGGCAGCUUCUCAUUCAUCCACACACCGGGCCUCAAAGACGGAGGCGUCUACAUCUGUGAUGUGCUUUCCAAUGACAGUAUAUUAAGCCAGAGGACCCUGCUGAUCGUUUUGAAAGUUAUGGGCCUGCAUUUAGGUACCAAGUUGCAGUUGGAGUGCCUGUACAACGAGGCUUCUCAGGUCCAAUAUGCCAAGUGGGAGUACCAGAAUAAGAGUCGGCUGUUACGGUCGAAGAGCAGCAGGCCCGGCAAUGUUACGACCACUUUGCCCUUACCCGUCACAACCGACAUGGAGGGCAACUACACGUGCACCUUACAAUUUAAAAACGGCCAGACUAUCAGCGCCAGGCAUUCCGUCAAAAAGCAAGAGAUCGUCCCUGUGCCCUCUUCUUCCCUCCACCUCCUCCUCCUGACUUUAUUACUUCUGGUGCUCCUGGUUGCCGCCGCCACGGCUGUGUUGCUAUGGCGACAGAAGCGCAUCUCCCGCCGAGGUAUUGAGCAGUCUUUGUCCGUUCAUUCAGGCGAGACGGAGAACAUCUACGAGAAUCCCGAAGAUGUCAGACAGGCUCUUCCACCGGGGUCAGUCUAUAUGGAUUUAAAGCCAAGACAAGUUGACGUUUACAAGGAACUAGAGCGCUAAGCACAUAGAAGCAUCACCUGUGUCUGUCUGUUUGUGCGUGCUAUGUCGUGCAAUGUGUUUUUGGAGCAUCUGCCUGGUACUCUCCUUGCAGAGCCUGCACAUAACGGUGACACUGUGGCACGAUAUCACUUCACGCUCUGACAGGAAACGCUUGGCCGACUAUGUUGCUGUUUGUGUUGCGUGGGCUGUCUCUACGUGUAUGUGUGUUGAAAGGUGAAUAACAUCCCUUUUUUGUGUUGUGUUGUUCUUUACGCCGCCCUUUUCAACGCCAGAACUGAUCACCCACACGCACGAGUCGCCCUCAUGCUGCUGUCACAUCUGCUUGCCUGUGUGCAGCAGUGGGGGGCUCUUUUAUUAGGAGCACAGCAAUUGGGGGUUAUAAUUGGCCCUUGGAAGACUUGGAAAUGGUACUCAAGUGUGUAAAUGUUCUCAAGAAUGAUGCUUAUUCUUUUGUUUGUCAUUAUGGAAUUAAAGGAGAUGAAGAGGUUUAUUUAAGCAGAAGUGUACUGGAUGUUAAGGGAGUUGUACAUAAAAUUGUU